AUGCCUCGCCGCGCCGCGGAGGUGGCGGAGGUGCUGUAUGAAGCGUCCGUGUACAGGAGUUACGUGCAAAUGGCCGCAGCAGCUCUUCCUGUUCUGGAAACAUCUGGUGGAUCCAUCAUUGUAGUGUCUUCAGUGGCAGGUAAGCUGGCGAGUCCAUUUGUGGCUCUGUACACCGCUACCAAGUUUGCUAUGAACGAUUUCUUCGGAGCGCUGCAGAAUGAACUGGCACUCAAGAAGAGCAACGUGUCUGUUUCCAUCUUGAUCCUCGGACUGAUAGACACAGAAUCAGCCAUGAAUAAGAUCAGAGGAUACGCCAUGAUGACCACCUAUCCAGCCAGUGAAACUGCUCUGAGCAUCAUUAAAGCCGGGGUGACCCGCCAGAGAGAGGCCUACUACCCCUGGUUCCACUACUUCACCUGCCUGAUCAAUAACAUCUUCCCCUUCAUGAAGGGCAUUCUGCUGUCAGGCCUCAGCGCGGAGUAUACAGCUGAUAUCGAUGACAACUGUUUUCCUGAAUAA